UGUGGUGACCUAUCUUCGACAUUGUAAUUUGUAUCUUUGGUGUUUUCUGUGUUGUCAAUAAUUCGAAUACAGUUGUGGUUUAGGGCAAUUGACUUGUCAAAAGUAUAAUGCGUUGUGUGGUGAACUCGAUAGUGAAAAUGAGUUAUUACUUUCAGUUGCAAAUGACGACCGUAAUAAUGAGAUUACAAUACUUUGGCUUGCGUUAAGGUUUUGGUCCUGGCUGGAAGAGAAAAUGAGUUACAAUAGACUGAGCAAUGGUGAUGUAAACCAGGAGGGGUCGCCGAUUAGACACGUUUGGAAUCCAAAUUUGUACCGCUUGCAGCAGGAAGCACCUCGACCCAUCAUGGUGCCAUGCUCGAUUCCUGUGCACAGCCGACCCCAGUACUAUGGCCGGGAGUACCACGGCGAUAUGUCACACACUGAGGCUGAAGCAAUUGUAACAGAAGAGGGGGCAUUCCUUGUACGGAGAUCGAACAGAAAUGGCGGCUGCUUCACCCUUACAUUCAGGUUCGGUGGCAAGCUGAAGCAUUACAAACUGUACUACGACGGGCAACACUACGUGCUGGACAAGCGAUUCGACACGGUACACGACCUCGUAGCCGAUGGCCUGGUAACGCUCUACAUAGAGACACAUGCCCGUUCUUACAUAGAGCUGAUGGACAGCAUCAGUUGUUAUGAGACUUCGCCAUACGUGACACUCAAUAAGCUGAAGAGAAGGGCUGUAAUUGGCUGUAAUGUCUCACUGCUGCAAGCUGAGAGGGAAGCUUCGCAGAUUUCUGGUUCAGAUGUUGCCGAUUCCUCUCUAGAUAUAGAUUUCAGCAAGCCACAUAAUUUUAAAAUACACACAUUCAAAGGACUGAAUUGGUGUGAAUUUUGUGGAAACUUUCUUUGGGGCUUCACAGCACAAGGAGUUAAAUGCGAAGACUGUGGGUUCUCUGCACACUGCAAAUGCUCCCGAAAGGUGCCGUCAGACUGUUUGCCCAAACUGAAGGGUGUGCGCGGAGUAUUCGGCCUGGACCUGACGACAUUGGCUUCGCAGCAGCGCAGCCACGUACCGCGCGUCGUGAGGCGCUGUGUCGAGGAGAUAGAGCGACGCGGCCUGGACACGGAAGGCCUGUACCGCGUGUCCGGCUUCGCCGAGGAGGUCGAGGCACUCAAGCUGGCACUCGACACAGAUGGCGAGUUGGCAGACCUCGGACCAGAGAAGUACGACAACAUCAAUGUUAUUGCCGGAGCUCUGAAGCUGUACCUGCGGCUGCUGCCCAUACCUCUCAUUACAUUUGAUGCUCAUCCACCACUUAUUGAAGCAACUAAAAAGAAGACUGUAUCUGAACAGUUAGCAGCUAUGAAGGAAGCUGUUAUGAUUCUGCCUCCUGCGCACUACCAGACUUUGAAGUUCCUCAUGGAGCAUCUUCACAGGGUGUCGCAGCACGUGGACACCAACAAGAUGACAUCACACAACCUGAGCACUGUGUUCGCACCGACACUGAUGCCGUCUCCGGACCCGUCGAAGAUAAGUGGCGCGAUGUACGGAAUGGCAUUGGAGAUAGCCGCCUUGGAGAUGCUGAUCACACACUGCGAGACCGUCUUCAGGUGACAGUACGCCUGGCAGUCGUCGCUGACCCCCACGGCCUCACCGCAGCUGUGACGGGCACGGCGGAGUGACGAAGAAUGUCGAACGCACACUCGACCCUGUAGCGGACACCUCGUCGUCCCGAUUUGUGCGUACUGGGACGGACUGAACGUAUCGUACGACCACACCCAGCCACCGGGAGUAUCUCUAUAUAUACUCACUGUAAAAGUUAAGGGACAACCCUGGUUUUUCAGGUUGUACUACGCAACACCAGAGCUCUCUAAUACUCCAGCGUUGACAUUCCUCUUUCCUCACAGAAAGCCCUUUAACAUAAAGCAGAGGGAAAACCCCUCGUUUUUCAGGUUGUAAUAUUUGAUACCAAAGCUCCUCAGUGCACUAGUGCUUGUUUCUCGGGCUUCACACAAUGUCCCGUUUCUUGAAGACUGCCCAAAAUACAAAUUAUUGAGCAUGGGCACAUGCACAAGAGUGCAUGUUGGCCUUCUUUCGUGGUUGUAAUGAGCAACAUACACAAAAGCAUCAAAAAGAUAAUGCAUUUGAGAGAACAAAACUUUGAGAGCUGGCUGACAAUAACUUUCAGGUGAUGAAACUUCUGCCUUUAGAAAAAUUGAGUAGUAGUGAAAAAAGGAAAAGUUAGUUACUACUUUUUCAGGGCAGAAACACAGAUUGGUUUGGUUAAAGGUUAGGUCACUCAGAUCUCAAGUUGAGAGGAACCAAAUUGUAAUGAGGAAUGCACGUAUAAAAUGAUGAGAAGGUAGAAUGCCCAGCCAGUACUUACCUCUGUGAGACAAAGAUCAAGCAUUGCUGAUAGAAACACUAAUGAAAUAGCUGAAAACAUUUGUAGCUUUUGAUAAUACUUCCUUACGAAAUAGAUAAUAUUUCCUUACGAAAUAAAGAGGUAUUUCAAAACCUAGCUGUGGUUUUUUACUCAAGUGUUUCUGUUGGUAGUACUUGUAUAAAGGUGAGUUCUAGCCAGCCAUUCAGUCUUCUUGUAAUUGUACAUUUUUCUCAAAUGACUUUUCCCAGAAACUUUGUCGCUGGUACAUAAAAUAUUGUUGUAAGUUAUACUUGAAACUUGGUGAUAGCUGUUUGUGUGUUCAUAUCAGAAUUUCUCUUCACUUUAAAAUAAAAGGACAUUACAGUGUCUCACUUAAAGUUUUAGCUGUUUGCUAUUUUAUAUAUUUUGUCUAAAGUUUUGUUUAUACCUAGUGAUCAGUUAGUAACUGCCUGACAUUACUAACUCAUGAAAAUUUUGUGUAGGCGGGAGUCAGCAGCAUGUAUAAACUUCAAGAAAUGCAUCACACUGCGUUGUCUAUAAUUAUAGUUUGCUGCGUUUCUGGACAUUCUAAUGUGGUUUUUCUCAACUGUUUUCAUUUCUGAUUGUGGAAGAAGUUUUUUUUGCCUGUAUUCCUCGGUUGGGGGCAGGAAAGGUGGUGGCACAUAGUUCCUAAUUAUUGCAUGAGGGGCACAGUGGUUCAGCCGUGUGACUCUUCAUUUAUAGGAGCCACCUGCUGUACGUGUAACCUUCCAGCUAGGCAGGGAGUUAGUGUCAGUCCUGUUGUGAAAGGACUAGUGGGAGGUACCUGAUAUUUAUUUUUUGGAAGGAAUGUGGUAGAAUUUGGAAUUUGCCUUGAAAAGAAGUAUAAAGCUUUUUUAAAAAAAUCCAAAUAUAUUUUUCCCAAGUAUACCAUAUUGCUGUGUAUAAUAUGCCAUACCAUUAUCUCCACACUCGAUUGUAAUAAAUUAAUAAAAUUGAUAUAAAUCCCCCGUCUCAGAACAACUUUGUUCAAACAUGUAUAUAGACGAGGAUACCAGUAAUUCUAAUUGCUCCAGAGAGAAAUUACUGUGAUUUAUCUCUGUUCCCUGUCGGAGUUUUCCUGCUGCCUGAAUGUUAAAACGGAGUAACUUUUCUACCGAGUAUGUACUGUAUUGUGUGAAUCUCUGUCAGAAUUUUGUUUCCGAAAAUUAUUGAGUAGGGAACUUAACAACUAUAUUUCAUCUUUUGUGGCUGUGUGUGGAUUAUUUAAGAAUUCCAUGACACCAUUUGUUGCUUUAUACUAAGAGUGUGAUUUUUAUGUUUAGCAGUUAGUUUUCUCAAAAAAUAUAUAAUGAUUACAUGUUGCUCACAUUUUUUAAUAUAUUGUUCCGAGAUGACAUUCCAGCCGAUGUUGUUACGACAGAAAUUGUUGUAAAGGCCGAGUAAGGGAGAAUUCUUAAGCCAAAGUUUGAUAUAUGUUGAAAAGAUUAAACACAGAAGAAUUUCUUACAUUGUUAUUAACUGCACAUCCAUUCUAAGAACAAUUCAGUUUUUGUGCAUUUGCUUUUAGAAGAGUGAUGAUACUUUAAUAUCAUCUUAUUGUAUACAAUUUUUUAUGUCUGUAUUAUGCACUGCUUAUGUAUGUAGUAAUUGUUUUUUUAUAUAUAUAAAUGUUGUAGUGCAAUACUUCUUAAUAACAGAAGACAUAUUUUGGCAAUUAGACAUGUUAUUGUUAAAGAGAGAAAUAUGAUGCUCUGUAGUAGUUUUAUGUUUUGAGAUAGUUUAGUUAAAAUGUUACUUUAUUUGAGUAUUUUUUUUUAUUAUUAUUAUUAUUUUUUUUUUUUACAAACUACAUCAUUUUAUUGUAGUCAUCCUUUCAUGUAAUGUUUAUUUAAAUUGUGUUAAACCAAACAUCUAGUUCAAAGUCCAUUUAUGCGUAUAGUAGUAGAUAUGUUUUCUUAACCAUAGCUAGGCUGAAUAAUGAUACAUGGUUUGGAUUUCUUGUACAUUCUUCACAUCUAAAAUUAAACAAUGGAAAAUCCUGGAUGGAAUGUAACAAUACCAGAGAAGGAAAGCUGCUACUCACCAUAUAGCGGAGAUGCUGAGUCGCAAUAGGCACAACAAAAAGAUUCACGCAAUUAUAGCUUUUGGCUACAAAUGAGACAAAUUGCUAUCCGACAGCUGUUAUGUAAAUUGCACAUUAAACCAACUCCGCUGUUCAGUGUGCGUGACCAUAAAAGUUUGGCAUUCAACACAUGUCACUCUUAGAUAAGCCCAUUCACCAUGGAAGAUCGCACCACAUCAGAUGGGAAAAAAAUCUGUUUUUCAAUUGCCCUGAGGUUAAAAACUGCAUAAAAAGAAACUGUAUCAUUGGCCUUUAAUUGUUCUGGGGCAAACUGGCAAACAGCCAUGUACACUACACAUUUUUUAUUUAGCGUAUUCUGUCAUUUACAGCACCAUCUAGUGGUGAAAUGUUUGCGCCCUCCCCUGUCCACCUCAUAGUAUUUCUUCCUCCUUCGAUAAUAUAUCGUUCGAUUUUGAAGCCAUUCUGAGCAGCUUUUUAUUUUUUAACUGGUACUUCAGUUUUAAAUACCCUGCAUAUGUACUCAGGUUUUUGUUAAUGUAUCUAUUUACAAACACAAAUGAAUUUUAUUUAUAAACUCAUUGAGUGAUUAUAUUUACUCCUAUGAAAAAAUCAUGUUAGUUGUAAUUUGCUUUUGUUCUUGAACAAAAGCUUAUGGAACAAAAUGGAACUUCGUUGCUUUUCUUUUCAUAGGUCUCUUAUGACCCAAAUGUUGGCUCACUUGGCUAUGGGAUUGAGGCCUGUGACGAAACAUGUAGAGAACUUAAUUGUCCAUUGUCUCCAAGAUAUUUCAGUAUGUUAUAAUGUGGUUUGUUCAUAAGUAUAUUUGAAAUAGUUCUGUGUUGUCCUGCUUUUCUUCACUGCACUUUUUUUUUUAACUAUGUACCUUUGUUGCUGACAUACUUCUGCUUCAGUUCAAAUUAGAACAGCUGAUGCCUUCUAUUAGUGUGAUGAAUUAGCAAAAUAAUGCAACCCUAUCUUCCAAAACUUUCACUAGUUUUAGCCCAUUACUCCCACGUCUUUUUGUGUAUUGAAAUAGAUGUCACACGCUAGGUCAACUUCUGUCCUUAAUGCCAUAUAGGAAGUGACACAUUCCACAUAGGGACAUUCGUAGAUUGUUGUCGAGAUGUCAUUCUGGUAGAGCUUGCACAGGAGAACGUGGCACCUGUACAGAAAUUAAUUUUUAUUUUGAGCACUGGGUGAUUCCACAUCUUAUCUUUGUCACGAAUGGGUGGCCGUCGUAGUUCGUUGUCACCUGAAGCGACCCCUCAGUCAUUUAUGUGCUGCUUAUCUUAUUCAUUAUUGUAGUCAGAUACUGCUGACUUGUCGAAUUAUUGGUCUUACUGGCAUAACCUGUUAAUACAGUCAUUUGCAGACUUGUUAGCUGUAGCCUACAUGUUCUGUUUGUGAGCAGGCAACAGCUGUUGAAUUGCUCUCUCCCUAUCCUGUAGCAGCCGCACUUGAUAGAACUCUCGCACUACCGUUAUCCGCUUCCCAACUGUGCCAAGUUAUACUGCAUGUACUCCACUAACCAGGAUGGUAAUUCUUGUGGGUGAUUAAAUGUCACUAAUUUUCUCAAGACCUUUCUGGAGUUUUAUAUUUUUCCCAAGCAUUCCUUUUAUGGGUGGAAACUUGAGUGUUGAGCAUGCUUUAAAUAUUCAGCAUUUCUAUUGCCUUAAAAUUGCUGGUUUUAUCUGUUAAUGCAUAAUUGAAAAUAUCCAACACACUCAGGCAAAUUGACAUUUUAGUGUACCACCAAAUGGCAGAGUUAAUUGCGAUGAGCUGAAUAAAGCACAACAUAUCAGAUAAGAAAUAUCCCAUAUACAAAGCAUGCACAUUUUAAGUUGAUCUCUAAAAUAAGAACAAAUUAACUGACUUGACCUUAAAAAAAAUUGAUAACAACAAAUGUGUGUGCAGUCAGUCAGGUAAUGAUAUACACGUAAAUUUUAAGCAUAAUUAAUGACCUAUUACUUAAAUAAAAAUUAGUGGCAAAAUAAUACAGUGUAAUGCCUUGAACUAUGGGGCAAAUACCUUGCUUCCCAUGAUGUUAGCUGGUUGCAAGGUUCAUGUGUGCAGAAUAUUUUCAUCCACCAUUCGGCAAAACCUGUUCUAGUUAGCAGUGUAAUACAAACUCUGUUUCUAAUAUUUGCCACGAUUAGCACAGUUCUAACAUUUUAGUGUCUUUUUACAUGAGAUCUAUAUGACAUUACAAAAGUGUGUGGUUUUUAAAGCUAGGAAUUAAAAUUCCAGAAAUGUGAAAAAAUCCCUAAUUUUUCCCAGAACUUUACAGUUCCCUGAUAUUUCCCUGUCACUCUGGUUUCCAGAUUGAGCGGCCACCCUGCUAGCUCUCCCGUGAGUAACCAACCUGCUAGCUCUUCCCUUGCAAAUAAGACGUUCGUACAAUAUCUCCAGAAAAAAAAAGAAGAAAAAAGGAAUUGAGAAGACGUUUAUGUGUUUUCAAUCAUCACUGUAUCAAAAUAAUUUUAUUUUAUGUCCUUGUUGUUUCACUGGUAGUCAGAAGCAUCUGUAUUUCUCUUGAAAAGAAAAGAAACAAUGACAUUAAUGUGAUCAGUCUCUGGAUUAUUUGUUUGAAUGCUAGAGAUAUAAAGAAUUUUUGUAUGUUGCAGAAAACCUUGACAAAGGAGAGACAAGGUAUUGUUGACAGGCACUCAUUUCUACAAUUUUGGUAUUAAAAUUUGUCUCUCAGUAAUGUCUGUUGCAGUUGUUUCUUAACCUCGCCCCCCCCUCCCUCCCCCAACCGCCAAAAGCACUCUCUCUCUCUCUCUCUCUCUCUCUCUCUCUCUCUCUCUAUCUCUCUCUCUGGCCUGUUCUUUUUAUCGGUUAUAUUCACUUAAUAUUGUGUGUGUGAUCCAAUCGCUUUGACUGGCUGAAUUAAAAGCAUAAAAUUUAUUAGGCCCCAUGUAAUGGUGAUGGUGUGAUUUUACUUGGUAUCUAAACCAAACUGAACCUAGUAUCAUUUGCAGAUGUGAUGUUAUAUUCUGCCCCAUUUCCGAGACUGGAGAGAUCACUAAUUUUUCCUUACUAAUGUCUUGUAACGUUUUAUGGUGCAUAAGCUGAAUUCGAUUUUAUCAACCUAUCUGGCCAGAUAGCCACAGUAAUUAAAUUAACCCAAAAGAAGAGAGUUUGUAAAAACAAGAAAAGAAUAUGCAUGAAAUAUUGCUCAAAAUAUCAGGGCCACAUGUACUAUUAAGGUACAGUUUGAAUUUUAUUGCUCGUGCACGGUCACAUGCCUUAAAAAGUGUCGCCACACACAGCAGUGAAUAAAAUUGCAUUGCCUGUGAAAUGAGGCCACAUUGUAGCCUGGUUGAAAGCAGUUGUCAACAUCUGGUGUUGCAGAAGGGUGCUUAUGAGGCAGACUGCCUCAGUCCUUGGGCCUUGGUAGGAGGUGAAUGCAUGGGACUGGGAUACCUUUGGACAUGAGACGCACUAUAACAACAUUAUGCUGCUUAACAAAUUUUUUAAUGUUAUGUUGAAGAAACUGGGAUCCAUUCUAUUUUUGGGCCAAAUAAACAGAAAAUGGAGCUUAAAUAAAUAUUUAUAGGUCCUUUUCUAAUGGACUGUAGCAUUUUUGUGUAUUACAAGAAAAACUCAAGUGCUGGGCAUAUAUAUAUAUAUCUCCCCUGUAGCUACAACUGUGUUGCAGAAUUCUCUCUCUUUCAUACUCCAGCAACAAUCACUUAAUAUGGCAGCACUCUAUUUCCAUAUUUAACCGUGUUUCAUCCUGAAUGAAAACAUUCACUACACACAUUGCUUACAAUGCCAGUAUGUGCUGAGACAGAAUCCAAAAGUUAGUAGAGAAAGUGAAUGUUUGUGCAGCUAUUUGUGAGUGUAUUCGAUUGUCGUUAAAUUUGCACCUUUAAAAUUUCGAAAAAAACUAUUAAAAUGUUCCUUAAAGGAUUGCCGAAGUAUCUGUCCAGUAGAAGUAAUGCGAACAGUGUGUCUUGUAGAAGUUUCCUAGUCUGGGAACUGAGAAAUACAGGUAAUUUAACUGUUGUGAAACUGAGCAUAGGAAACUUUUGGCAUGAGUAAAUGUAGGGACAUUUACAUCUAAAGCUAGUAUAAAUUUGUUUAUAUAGUGUCAAAAAAUGUUGCUUGCUUUUGUCAACAGUUUGCACAGUACAUUUUUAUUUCCAGGAGUUAUCGACACAGUAAUGAGCCAAGUUUUCCGUAAAUGUUUGUUGUGAGCAGUGCUAUCUCACCCGCACAGGAAAUGACUGUACCUAGAGCACCUGAAUUUCAGCGCUGUGUCACUAACAACUAAAACUUCCCUUUAGUAUCUCACAUUGUUUAAUUAUAUCAGUAUGUUUCUCAUCCAGUUUAUCUUGUAUUGGUAGUAUGUGCCACAGGAAUGGAAGGAAACAUGUCGUUCGGGCGUCAGUCAAUAGUAGUUGUCAUUUGUGACUGUGCAAAACGUUCAGAGUGUCCAUCACAUCAGUAAAUUCUCAGUUUUAAACACCCGCUCUUAUGCAUUAUUUCUGGUGAAAAAGUGGACAAUUUCAUAGAGUUUUUAGACAUUUCCACUGUUUACCAGUGAUGCUAAAAGUUCUCUUUGUUUUAGGAAGUUGUAGUUCCCUGAAGAGGUCCAUUUGCAUUUUGUGAGAGGGGAGGAUGGGUGUAAGAGAAGUGUUAAUCUCUUGAUCAUCUUCAGUUGAAGAUUCGCUAGGGGUCACCCAAGCCCCCCCCCCCCUUUUUUUUAUUAAUGAUCUUUUUCAUGGUGAGGUCUGUUUAUUGCAGAGUGUAUAUUAGGGGUGAACAACUGUAUACACCCCCCCCCCCCCCCCCCCCAAAUGAGAUCUCCUUUGUUCAAAGGAAAAACCAUGGAAAAGUAAGUCAUUAAUGUGUUUUGUGGGCAGAUUCCAAAUCAUCAUUCCAGAUGGCAUGUGACCUCCUCCUUCGUUCAUUGAGCUUUAGUGACCAUUAUAAAAGCUCAUUGAACAUUGCAUACAGUGCCCUUUAACAGAGCUUUUCCCAAUGAGAAACUCACCAAGUUUCCCCAAAAAGUCUUUGAGCAGUCUAGACUAUAUCUGAAUAUGAACAGUAUUAUACUAUUUUGUAUUUACAAAUAAAGUAAUGUUUAAUGAGCCAACAUCAGCAGUAACUUUUCUGUUCACUGAUUUUAAUAAUCAAAAGAACAUGAUUUAUAGCAUCUCGUAUAGUUUAUAUAAUUGUCCAUAACAGUUCAGUUCAUGUUUUCAUAUGAUGAAUGGCUUUAGUAAUUUAUUCCAUUUGCUGCUGUUGUUUUGAGAACUUUAUAUACAAAAUCGGUGAAGACACAGUAUUAUUUUUCUACUAAGUCUUUUGUUCUGUAUAACUUUACUGCUGGUUGGAGGGAGAAAAGCUAUUAUUAAUCUUUCAUGAUUGUUUAUUGUUGUCUAUUUUUGUAAAGCUUAUUUACAAUGUAUUGAGACUGUGACGUGGUAUUGAGGCAUAGUUUCUGAAAAUCAUUAACCCAGUACUGGAAAGUUUUUGUGAGAAAUUUAAAAAUUAUACUUUUUAGAAAAAAAUUCAUGUUUUGUACUGUAAUACUGUAUUGAAAUGUUUAUGUAAUUUUUGUAUCAGAUCAGUAAAUAUUCUUGUCUAAUGGAAGUUAUAAAAAGUGCAAUGGUAUUCCUAUUUGGAAGGAGGAAACAGAUCAAAAUGUUAAAGUUAA